AUGUUUGACCAAGUUGCAGACACGACUCCGGUGGCUGUCCAGGCAGAAGUGACCCUACGGACAAACUUCUUUGCUGCCAGAGACGUCUUGACUCAUUUUCUGAGCCAAAUUAUCUUUAACUCAACAGGUCGUGUGGUGAACGUCUCAAGCUUUGUUAGUGCCUGUACCCUAAACAAGUGCAGCCCGGUGCUUCAGCAGCGUUUCCGUAGCGAUGACAUCACAGAGGACGAGCUGGUAGGCCUGAUGCAGCGAUUUGUCGACAAGGCCAAGAAAGGAGAGCACAAGCAAGACGGCUGGCCAGAAAUGCCAUACGGCGUGUCGAAACUGGGACUGACUACUCUGUCCAUGAUCCUGGCUCGAUGUCUGUCCAAGGAGAGACCACAUGAUGGGAUCUUGCUGAACGCUUGCUGUCCAGGAUGGGUGCGCACCGACAUGGCUGGUCAGAAAGCAGCCAAGUCACCAGAUGAGGGCGCCGUCACACCGGCAUAUCUUGCCCUUCUGCCGCCUGAAACUACAGAACCUCACGGAAAGUUUGUGUCUGACAAGAAAGUUCAGUCGUGGUGAAAACUGGAUGACUUUAAGUCUUCAA